AUUUUGGAGAACUGGUCUAGUGUUUAUGGCCAGCCCAUGGCAUGGCAUGGCAUGGCAUGUAUAGUAAAGUAAAGGAUAUAGUAAUCAGCGCGACAUCGGCGGAUUCGGCGGCACCGUGUUGUGUGGAGCUAAUACAAAAACAAACGGGCGAUCCUCAGCAAACUGAGGAUUGAGUGCGAAUCGGCGAAGGCAAGCGAAGACGCGGGGCAUAUUCACAGUAAUUUGGGAAGCGGCGCUUAGGGAGGGUGCGUAGCGGUGCGUACGUGUGUGCGUAUAUUCACGAAUUUCAUUCGACGUUUCGAGUAUUUCGUGCGUUUGCGGCUUGGCGUUAUCGUGCCGCGCACGGGAGAAAGUGAUUCUGUGUCUGUGCGAACACUGUGUUGGUUCUCUAGACACUUUCGUUCGCACUCUUCUCAGUCUGUGCCGUGAGCCGUGCUCGUGACUCGGGAAUCGCCGCUGCUGUCAUUGUUUACAGAUGUAUCCUUCACAGCUGCUGUGAUACUAAUGUCUCGGCAUAUUCGUCGCAUUUUGGUACUGAUAUCUGCCGGAGUCUGUGGUACGGUGCAGCUUUUGCACGUUCAGAUGGUUGAAAAUUUACACUGCCCAAGCUAACUAACUAACCAAAAUUUAGACCAAAGUGAUAUUUUCUUCGCAACCAACGCAUCACAAACAAAAAAAAAACAAUAGUCUGAUUUUACAAUAAGCACGAUGACAGCUGAAGACGAUCUCCUAGAAAACCACAGAAUGUUGGAGAAAUCCAGCAACAACAACGGGCCGACGAACGAGCUGCUCGAAGAACAAACCAGCCUAACGCAGGAUUGCAAUGGGACCCACAAGGACGCCGAGGAGCCGAUGAAGUGCGGCUUGGGCCCCUUAUCUCCCGAAUGGCUGCAGAAGUUCGCCUCGAAGCAAUCGUUUCUGAUCGUUUUCUGCCUGACGUGGGUGCUCCAAGGGAUGUACCACACUUACUUCGUUAGUAGCGUCACCACGAUCGAAAAACUCUUUAACAUCAAAUCGAAAAUAACGGGCAUUAUAAUGAGUGCAACGGAAAUCGGGCAAAUCGGAUCGUCCCUGCUCUUAACGUAUUACGGGGGUCAGGGCCACAGGCCCAAGUGGAUCGCUUGGGGAAUGGUGCUUUUCGCCGUUUCCUCUUUCACCUGUUCCUUGCCACACUUUAUCUACGGUAGGCAAUUGAUGAACGCGAACGAACUAAGCGGUAUCGUUAAGGACCCCAACGUCUGUAAAUCCAAGGACGGUAACAUCACGUCGUUUUUGCUAAGUUACGCCAAUUAUUCUGUGUCUGAUAAUUUUAGUACGGGUAUACCGCUAAACGCGGAAAAUUGCCAAGAAGAAAUCGUUACUUCUGGUUACCAGCUAUCACCAUCUGUGACUAACAUAGUUUUAGCCAUAUUUUUUAUAAGUUUACUCGGGGUCGGUAUGGGUCAAACGGCUGUUUACACAUUAGGUAUUCCUUAUAUCGAUGACAAUGUUGCCAGUAAGGAAUCGGCUCUAUAUUUUGCCAUAACAAUCGGGGUUAGAAUUUUGGGGCCUGCGUUGGGAUUCAUAGUGGGAGCUCUAUGUACGAGUAUCUACGCUGAUUUGUCUAUCGAUCCUAAAAUUGAUUCAUCGGAUCCAAGAUGGGUCGGAGCCUGGUGGUUAGGUUUGGUACUUAUAUCUGCCCUACUUAUGAUAGCAUCAUUCGCCAUGUUUGCAUUUCCAAAGAGACUCGCCGGGUCAAAAAAAGCCCAAAAAAUACCAUAUCAAUCCGAUAAGAAACACCCCAGUAUAAGAGAUUUUCCAAAAACACUUAAAAGGCUGUUGAACAACGAUAUUCUUAUGUACAGGACUGCUAGUAGUGUUUUGCACAUUUUGCCUAUCGCAGGCUUGUACACUUUCUUACCGAAGUACCUCGAAACGCAGUUUAGAUUACCGACACCUUCGGCGAAUAUGAUAUCAGGCGUCGGUGGAAUACUUGUGAUGGGAAUAGGGAUCAUAAUAAGCGGAGUGUUCAUUCUAAAAGUCAAACCAAACGCGAGAUUCGUCGCCGGAUGGAUCGCAAUGACAGCCGUUUUAUACGCAAUAGGCAUGGGUAUUUUGAUGUUCAUCGGCUGCCCAACCAACGACCUAGCCGGACUCAUGGAUAACAAAUUCGACACGGUGCAACUGAACUGCAACCCGUCCUACUGCGAUUGCAACAAAGACAAAUUCACGCCGAUAUGCGGCCAAGAUGGUCGGACUUAUCUGUCGCCGUGCCACGCCGGGUGCUUGAAUUACACGGAAAAGGACGGGAAAUUGGCAGCGUACUCGGAGUGCAUGUGCCUCAACAUGACCAAUUCCAUGAAUACAACCCUGGACGACAACCAGCUGUACGGGAACGCGACGAUCGGGUACUGCGAACAGGACUGUGAUACUUUCGUCUUCUACAUCACUCUCUUCUCUAUAUUCGUUUUUAUCCACUCGACUGGAGAAGUCGGUUCUAUGCUUUUGAUUUUGAGAUGCGUGGAUCCCAGGGACAAGGCCAUGGCUCUGGGGUUGAUCCAGUUUGCUAUCGGUUUGUUCGGGAACGUUCCCUGUCCCAUCGUGUACGGGGCGGUGGUUGAUUCGGCUUGCCUGGUUUGGAAAAUGUCCUGCGGAGAGAAGGGGGCCUGCGGUUUGUACGAUUCCGAUGUCUUCAGGAUGUUCUAUCACGGUACCACGGGCGCAAUUUUAUUGUGCGCCUUUGUAGUUGACGUAAUAGUCUGGUACAAAGCAGGUAAAAUAAACUUCGUCGACGAGCCGGUGCCCUACGAAGAGGAGCUCCACACGAUAACGGGGAAAAUCAAGGCCGAGCCGGAAUAAGCGAAAUUGACGUGGCAAUUCCAGAAAUAUUUUUAUUUUGUUACAAUUUAGACGAGGGCCUUGCCGGAAGAUCAGAUUUAACAGUAACAAGUUAUCUACUAGUUAAUUUAGCGGAGCGCAAGAUUUGUUUUUAACAAAACAGUAAGCAAAAUGAGUAAUUUCGAAUCUCGCAAACAAAAUCCGGUGAUACAGAAAUAUCUGUAAGUGUGGCCUAAAGUAUUUUAUUCUGAACAAAUUGCUGUAAGCAACUUUAGGAAUUACCUACACUAUAAAUUAUUUUUAAUAUUAUGAAUAUUUACAGGAUUUUGUAUACUUUGUAAGUGCAGUAUCGGCUUUUAAAAGUGACCGAUGAAAUUUCGACUUUUCAAUUAGCAAUCAAAAAGUCUGAUGAAUUACUUUUUAUCGGUGAGAAUAAACAUUUUCGACAUAUUUUUCAAGAAAAAUAAAUACUUAUACAGGGUGAUGCAAUUUUUUAAGACUAAAAGCUAACUCAUAAAAGACAAUUAUCGUAGGUAAAAUGUGUUCAAAACUUUUGAAAAACACGAUAACGAAAUAAUCAAAUAAAUUGAUAAUCACUACUUUCGGUGAACACAAUAACAACAAUAAUUUGAUUAACAAGAAUUAAUAUUAUAUAACGAAUUUUUUAAACGAAAUUAUAUAUAUUUAUUUUAUUGUUUAUUACCUAUUAGAAAAAAUUAAUGAUCAUAAUGAAUACUUUCAAUUCGAUUGGAAACAAGGUAGGUGGAUAUUUAUUUUCAUAAACAACAAUUUGGCAGUGCCUCAAGUUCUUUUAAAGCGCAAAAACCAUAAACUGUCUGCAGACAACUUACAGGAUGUUCAAAUAAUUUUUCGGAUGCGGUAUAGAAAAAUUUUCUCGAGGAGGGCUCGAGAAAUUUACUAACACAUUUUAACGUACAAAUAUAUUUUUUUCUAUUUAUUUAACCUAAUUUUAAACCAAAAAUAGCUCCCUAAUAGCAUAUGUAUGUUUCUUUUAAAACUCCCUAUAACAAAACGAAUGCUUCAAUGCUGCUGAUAAAUUUCUGCGCUUGUCUCUAUCUAAUAUAUUCAAAUCUAUUUGCAACUAUUUAAAUCGACAAUUAGAUGUAAAUAUUCGUAUUUCGAUUUAAAUUUAAUAAUUGAGUCAUUUUCUGUUAUAACCUUCAGAUCUUUUUACACCGAAUAAAGAUCAGUGCGCGAUUAUUAAGGUUUAUUGGUGAACGAAUUGUUAAUAAAACUAGCUAAGUACUCGAAGUAAGCUCGAAGUAAUUAUUUGAUAAAUCAUCCCCAUGUCUUCACUUCGUUUGCGUCAUUCAUCAAUCUUCACAGAGUUAUAUUAAUUAGAGUAAAUUCCACAGUGAAUUCUGUAUUAUUCAACUAGAUAUGUAUUUACAUCAAUCUCCAAUUGACAAUUGUUUGUAUUAUUAAUAGAUCAUGGUUCUGAGGAAUUUUUUAAUGAAGUAAAUUCCAGCUUAAUCGAGAUUAUUUUUAUAUUUCUUAAUAAGAAAGUUAUCAUUUUCCGCACUUUCGAGGAAUGCGUAUAUAAAAGUGCGCUAAAACGAUAUUAAUACCCACAGAAAAGUAAAUAAAACUAUUCCAUCAUGUAACCUUAAUGGAAUUAAAAUGUUUUAACAGAUGGAUUUGGAGAAUGUAGUAACAACUUCCUUGAUACUUAAAAAUUCGCAAUUCGCUAAGUAAUUUUGAAUAUAAUAAAGGAAAAAAAAAACGAACCGUCAUUGAAUUAUGCGUACCCACCGAAAAGUUAGUUUUAUCGCUAACGGAAAUUUUUACCUUUUCGACCGUCUAUUUUUAUGUAGAUCAGGUGUUCUAAUUAAAUAUUCAUUCCACUGGACGGUUAAGGAAUUAAUUUAUUUUUGAUAACCUUGACUGUACAACAACUACUAAUAAUAUUAAUGUGUGCUACGAGCGCAAAAUCCAACCAUUAGUUUUGCUACCUAUGUAUGUAUGUAUUAAAUAGAAAAUUACGAACAAAAAUUUAUUCGAAUCUUAAUUCGUAAUUCACAGCGACUACGUAACCAGUUAGGCAAGAACGCUGUGUAUUGUUAUCAAUAAAUUGCGAAAAAAAAGUUCAUAGUAAAUAGGUCACAAAAUCCAACUAACGCAGAUAAGAUUCAACGGUUUUAUCUAAAAAUACUGAAUAGGGUCGUUGCUCUUUCAAAUUCGAUAGUUUUUAUAUAAAUGUGUGUUACGUCUUAUCUAAAAUAUAUUACUUAAUACUUAUACCAAUAUUAUUCGUUUAAAUGAACUUUCGUUUCGUAGAUUUUUAAACAUAAAUAUCACCUUUUAUUUUAAGUAUAGCAGUUUAUGAGGGAUUUGUAGCACACAUUUGUAUUUGAAUAAACACAUUACGUAUCCUAUUUAAUCAUUUAAUAGAAGUUAACGACUCUUAAUCCCUUCCAAAUAUGUAUGUUAGCAAAUAUUUUAAUUGAUAGAGAAUGUGCGUUGGAAAACUAUUCAUCAAUUAUUAAUUUAAAGAUCAUUUUUUCAUAUUACCGACUGAAGUAUUCGUUUAAAAAAAUAAUUGGCGUUAAAAUAUUUCCAUUAAAAAUUUAAAUACAAGUAUACAUUUUUGCUCGAAUGUUUUCGGCCGGCCGAAUAUUUUUAAUGUUCCAUAAAUAAAUAUUCCGUAAGUUGUUUGAAUAUUGCCCGAAAAUACCUACCUAAAUUUUCAUUCAUUUCAAGUUUAUUUACGGAUUUAUUUACGAAAUUAAAAAAAAUGCGCGCUAAAAGGAAUUUAUUUUGGUUUCCUUUGGAAAAUAAAAUUUUGCUUAAAAAAACAAUUCUAUUUGAAUAUUUCGGUGUAAAUACCGGAAUACAUUUGUCAUUUUUCAAUAAAAAAAAUAUCCUAAUAUGUAGAUACAUAAAAAAUAAGUAAAUAUACAUUUAGUGCUAAAUGCUAGGAGAUUUUUG